ACUUCUCACACCACCUCACCACCUCAACCAGAGUAAGGUAUUGGUAAUCAUCACCAGACAGACAGUGACGCGACGCUUCCCGCUCCAUCUCCAUCUGCGCGCUAAGCUCUUCUACCCGCCACUUUGGAACAGCCGCCGCCAGCGACUGAUCACUGCGCGAACACACUCCGAAGAAGACGCUGCCGAGCCUGCACCUCAGCAUCAGCAAUUCAGCAUCCUCCGCCCGCUCACACCGACAGAAUAAAAACACUCCCGCACUUCACCUCCGCCAGCGCCGUGUCACGAAGCAUCUCGACCACUCUCACAAGCAACUGACUGCAUGAAAGACGCCGCCUAAACACCCUCAGCGGUUUGCGCGUCUUCUUCUGUUUCUUUUACUCGAUCGUCACACAUAAAACCCAACGUCGAGUGGUGUCCGCACCUCAUAGCAACCAUGGCGACCAUCGAGGAGCUCGAUGCCACGGUGCGCGCCUUCUACGAGGGCCGUGGUGAGCAGCAAAAGGCGGCACAAGCUUCGCUCAACCAAUUCAAAGAGAACCCAGAUGCCUGGCUCAUGGUGGACCAGAUUCUCGAAAAGGCUCAAUACCCACAGACAAAGUACCUUGGACUGCAGGUGCUUGACAGCGUGAUCAUGACGCGGUGGAAGGUCCUGCCGCGCGACCAGUGCAUGGGCAUCCGGAAUUUCGUAGUCAACGUGAUCAUCCAGCAGAGCAGCACAGACGAGAGCCUCAAGAAGGAACGCGCGCUACUCAACAAGCUCAAUCUGACGCUGGUGAGCAUCCUCAAGCAGGAGUGGCCUCACAACUGGCCGACCUUUAUCAACGAGAUUGUCACAUCUUGCCGGGCCAGUCUUCCCAUCUGCGAGAACAACAUGGCCAUAUUGCGUCUUCUGUCUGAGGAGGUCUUCGACUUCUCGGCCGAGCAGAUGACAAGUACCAAGACAAGACAGCUCAAGCAGAGCAUGUGUGACGAGUUCACCAGCAUCUACCAGCUUUGCUCCGAGAUUCUGCGCACAGCUGACCAGCCUAGUCUCAUCAAGGCCACGCUUGAGACUUUGCUGCGCUUCUUGAAUUGGAUCCCCCUAGGUUACAUCUUUGAGACUCCACCCACUGGCAUGUCGCUCAUUGAGCUUCUGCGCAGUCGAUUCCUAGAGGUGCCGGAAUUUCGCAACAUCACUCUGAAGUGUCUGACGGAGAUUGGCAGCUUGCAGACUGAGCACAAUUGGGACGAGAAGCUUGUGGAGAUGUUCACCGAGACUCUGACUACCAUCUCCACGAUCAUCCCUUUGUCGUUGGAUUUGAAGUCAACGUAUUCGGCCUCCAACAGCAGAGACCAAGAAUUCGUGCAGAAUCUAGCCCUUUUCCUGUGCAACUUCUUCAGCAACCACCUUGGCCUCAUCGAAGCACUUCCAAACCGCGACUUCUUGAUGCACGGCCACUUCUAUCUCAUCCGAAUAAGUCAGAUUGACGAUCGCGAAAUUUUCAAGAUCUGUCUGGAGUACUGGACAAAGCUAGUCUGCGAGCUGUACGACGAAAUGCAACAGAUUCCCAUCACGGACAUGAACCCGCUGAUCAACAUGAGCGGAAUGGCGAAUGGCGGAGGUGCCAUGAAUCCGCAGAUCAUGGCCAACUACCCGCUGCGGAAACACAAGUAUAUCGACGUACUCUCGAAUCUCAGACAGGUCAUGAUCGAAAAGAUGGUGCGACCUGAGGAAGUUCUCAUCGUUGAGAACGAUGAGGGUGAGAUCGUACGCGAGUUCGUCAAGGAGUCUGACACGAUCCAACUGUACAAGACUACACGAGAGUGCUUGGUGUUCUUGACGCAUCUUGAUGUGGUCGAUACAGAGCAGAUCAUGUCUGAAAAGCUGGCUCGACAAGUCGAUAGCACUGAGUGGAGCUGGGCAAAUUGCAACACCCUUUGCUGGGCUAUCGGUUCGAUCUCAGGUGCCAUGAACGAAGAGACGGAGAAGCGCUUCUUGGUCACUGUCAUUAAAGAUCUAUUGGGACUGACCGAGAUGAAGCGUGGAAAGGACAACAAGGCUGUUGUGGCUUCGAACAUAAUGUACAUCGUCGGACAGUACCCCCGAUUCUUGAAGGCACACUGGAAGUUCCUGAAGACGGUGGUGAAUAAGCUCUUCGAGUUCAUGCACGAGACGCACGAGGGCGUGCAGGAUAUGGCGUGCGAUACCUUCAUCAAGAUCGCGAACAAAUGCAAGCGGCAUUUCGUCAUUCAACAACCUGGAGAGAGCGAGCCGUUCAUCGAUGAGAUUGUCAAGACGAUGCGCAAGAUCACCUGCGACUUGUCCCCACAACAGGUGCACACAUUCUAUGAGGCUUGCGGCUACAUGAUCAGUGCACAAGGCCACAAGAAUACGCAAGAGAGACUGAUUGCAGAGUUGAUGAGUCUGCCAAAUUCCGCUUGGGAUCAGAUCAUCCAGUCGGCGCAUCAAGAUCCGAGCAUCUUGCAGAAUGGCGAAACUAUCAAGGUCGUUGGAAAUAUCAUGAAGACUAACGUGGCAGCAUGCAGUAGCAUUGGCUCGUACUUCUAUCCACAAAUUGGCCGUAUUUACAUGGAUAUGCUCACGAUGUACCGCGCCUCAUCGCAGCUCAUCGACGAGAGUGUGCAACGAGAUGGUAACAUUGCCACCAAGAUGCCGAAGGUCCGCGGUCUGAGGACGAUUAAGAAGGAGAUUUUGAAGCUCAUUACGACCUAUGUCGAGAAGGCGGAUGACCUCGAGAUGGUGCACAGCACAUUGGUGCCACAACUUCUAGAGGCUAUCUUGCUCGACUACAAGAACAACGUGCCGGAUGCGCGCGAGGCGGAGGUGCUCGCAGUCAUCACCGUGCUGAUCACAAAGCUUCAGGGCAUGAUGACUGCACAAGUUCCUGCCAUUCUCGACAAUUGCUUUGAGUGCACACUUGACAUGAUCAACAAAGACUUCUCCGAGUAUCCCGAGCACCGUGUGGAGUUUUUCAAGCUUCUUCGCGCUAUCAACCAGCGUUGUUUCCCCGCUCUCAUCAAGCUCGACCAGACACACUUCAAGCUGGUCAUUGACAGCUGCAUGUGGGCUUCCAAGCACGACAAUCGUGCUGUCGAGGGAGAGGGUCUCAACAUGUGUAUCGAGCUGGUGGAGAAUAUGGCGAACCACACUGACCAGCAGACCUGCGAUGCUUUCUUUCAAAGCUUCUACACGACAAUUCUGCAGGAUGUGUUCUUCGUUCUUACCGAUUCGGAUCACAAGGCUGGCUUCAAGUAUCAGUCGAUGCUCCUCGCCAGACUUUUCUGGCUGGUCGGUGCCAACAAGAUCUCCUCGCCCAUCUACACCGCUGAACAGGCCACCGCCGGCACAAGCAACCGAGAUUUCUUGCAGAACUUUGUCGCGACUCUACUCAGCAACGCGUUCCCAAAUCUGCAAGGGCAGCAGAUUACCAACUUCAUCAGACAGCUUUUCGAGAGCACAGAGGAUUUACCAAAAUUCAAGCUCAUCUUGCGUGAUUUCUUGAUCCAGCUCAAGGAAUUUGCCGGUGACAAUGCAGAGCUCUUCACCGAAGACCGCGAGAAGGCGAUGCGUGACGCCAAGGAGGCCGAGCGCGAGCGUAUGGCCAAGGUGGGAGGUCUCCUCAAGCCCUCCGAGCUUGAUGAAGAUGACUUGUGACUUGAUCAAGAGGUCGAGCUUUCCAAAGGAAGACGGAGUAUAGAAGAAGAAGGGGAGAAGGAUGAUGCAUUGGAGCAAUUGGGCUGGGUGGCCUGAUAAAGCCUCUGACCCUCUCACGAGACAUGAAGCAGCGAAGAACACGCAUGAGACGACCGCACACAACGAGUGCAGGUCCUGAGGUAGGCUUGCGUGGACCAGCGCUCAGUGUAUGGCGAUUAUGACACACGGCCGGUGGACUUGAGAAACUUGUGUACUUGUUAGGACGGUGCAUUUAUUUACCGAUUGCCUCGUCACAGAGUCAGAUACCAAGUGGCACGGUGCUGCUACGGUUUGCUAGUGGAUAGAAAGUUUCUCAACUUCUCAGCCUACACAAAUGUAGAAAAGAAUCGAAAAAUGAGUAGCAUGC